AUGCCAGAUAGGUUUGCAUACUCAGAUUCUCUACUGAUAACAGCAAAGGGCCUCCAAAUGGAAUACUUCAAGGUUCUAUCGUUAGUCACAAGCAUAGACUUAUCAAGCAAUAACCUUUCCUGUGAUUUGCCUGAGGAACUGACCAAACUACAUGGGCUGCAUUUCUUGAAUCUUUCUCACAACUUUUUCAGUGGAAAGAUACCAGAAAGCAUCAGUGACAUGGAACAGCUGGAAUCACUUGAUCUGUCAGAGAACAAUUUAUUUGGUACAAUUCCUUCAGGCAUGUCAACUUUGAAUUUCUUGAGCUAUUUGAACCUAUCCCACAACAAUUUGUCAGGAAAAAUUCCAUCAGGUGGCCAACUUCAGACUUUCGAUCAAUCAGCCUAUAAUUGGAAUCAUGACCUCUGUGGAUCACCUCUUCAGAAUUGUGCUAAUGAGACACAUUAUUCCCAAGGUGCUAACAAGGAUGAAGGAAAAGGAGAUUGGUCAGAGAUGUUAUGGCUUUACAUAGGUCUUGCAAUGGGAUUCAUAACUGGCUUCUGGAUGAUCAUUGGUACCAUUAUUAUGAAGAAAACAAUAAGAUUUGCUUAUUUCCGAUCCAUUGACAAAGUAUAUGAUUGGCUGUAA